CGCGUCGCCAUUUUGUUACAAGAUUGAUGAAGAUGGGUCGUCGUAGCCGAUCUAGAUCACCGGCCCGACGGAGCAAAGGCAAAGAUGAUAAAGCAAAAUCCAAAACAACUACAAGGGGUCGAAGUCCUGCAAAGAAAGACAAAACUAAAGACAARCCUUCAAGGAAGAGAAGUUCCUCUUCUAGCAGCAGUGGAAGUUAUUCUUCAAGCUCAGGCAGCUCGAGUAGUAGCCGAAGCUCGAGUUCAGGAUCAAGCAGUAGUGGUAGUAGUAGAAGUUCCAGUUCUAGYAGCUCGGGAUCCAGUAGCUCGAGUAGUUCAGCUGAUACCAAGAAAGCAACACGAAAAGGCAAGAAAGAAACCAAAGAUAUCAAAGUAGAAGGAAAAGAGGUUGUUAAGGAUGUAAAGGAAACAAAAAACAAAGCUCCACCGCCACCACCACCACCACAGCGUAUGCGCUCAAAGUCCAAGUCUCCACCACCAAAACCAAUUCCAAAACCCACUCRCCGUUCCCCAUCAAAGUCAGUCUCUAAAUCACCAAGCCCAAAGAAAAGUCCUUUAAGAAGAAUCAGACCAAGGUCUUCAUCRAGAUCUUCAUCAGGAUCAAGAAAUCGUUCCAGAUCAAAAUCCAGAUCAAAGUCUCCAAGACGCAGAAAGAGAAGUCCAACACCAAAACCCACUAAACUUUACAUCUCUUCAUUGACAAGGAACAUUAAUAAGGAUCAUAUUAUUGAAAUCUUUGGUGUCUAUGGGCAUGUAAAAUCCGUAGAUCUUCCAACUGACAGAUUCAACCACUUACCAAGGGGCUUUGCUUAUGUAGAGUAUGAAGAACCAGAAGAAUGUGAAAAAGCACUUAAACACAUGGAUGGUGGACAAAUAGAUGGCCARGAAAUAGCAGCACAGACUGUACUUCCACCUAGACCYAGAGAUAUGAGACCUGCUUAUAGAAGACCCAGCCCACCAAGACGCCGACAGCCCUGGAGACGUAGCCCCCCUCGAUUCAGGGGCUCAGGCAACUAUAGGCCUUAYAGAAGAUCUCGGUCACCUGACUCUCCACCACGGAGGCGAAGGUCACCAUCAAGAUCACCUCCGAGAAGACGUAGAUUUAAUAGUUCAAGUUCUGAUUCAUCAAGGUGAAUUUGUUUAUCAGGGACACUCUUGUACUCAUCUUUUUGGUUAUUAUGAAAUUCUCAGAGAUAUUUCAUUAUAUUCUGAGUAAAGCUUUUGUAUAGUAAUAUUGAUCUCAUUCAAGUUUCACUGUAGAGUGAAACAACUCUGACACUUAACAAAUUACCGAAYGGUAAUAGAUAUYAAGUAGGAUAGUUUUCCAUUUUCAAAGCAUUCAAUCGAUAACUCUGAUGCAGCAUUUUGUGCAGUGUUAGAUUAAGCUCAUUUUAUAUCUUGUAACAAGAAUGUUGUUCUUUUAAAAGCAAACUAGCAUUAAGCUAKUUGACUAUGUAAUUUAUAUCUAGACCAUAAAUUUUCAAAAUAAAGUGAAGUACAAAAUCCAAAAAAAAAAUUAAAAUUGUUUAAAACAAA